GUUUUUGUUGUGAAAUAAUCACUCAUUUUGUGGACAAUUAAUACAUAAUUUGAUUGCAAUUAACACUUCAAUGAUGACUCAUUGGAUCCCAAGAAUGGCUCAACAAAUGAAAGACAAACACAAAGUGACUGAAGAUGUGGUUCAAGAGGACAGUCGACAGCCACAAAUGUAUGCAAAAGACUCUUUGGACCGAUUCGGUGAUGAUAUGUGUGAACACAUACUCUCUUACCUCACACUCGAAGACCGGUUCCGAUGUGAAUGUGUGUCUAAACAGUGGCAGCGAUUUAUAUACACGACUGUCCGCCACAUCACUAUCACUAAGAAAAUGAUGACAAAAGUGAUGCCCUAUUUGGUGGUCCUUAAGAAGUGUCCUCACCCCUCAAUUGUAUUUUGA